AUGAAUAUCUUGCUUGCUGCUCGUGAUACGACUGCCAGUCUGUUGACUUUUAUGUGCUACUUUCUUGCGAUUCAUCCCGGAGUGCUGAAGAGGCUCCGUGAGGAGAUCCUGACUCUGCGGUCAGGGGAGUCUCCGUCGUAUGAGGACAUUCGCAGUCUGAAAUAUCUGCGUGCAUGCUUGAACGAAACUCUUCGUCUCUUUCCACCAGUCCCAAGCAAUGAACGCGCAUCAGUCAAAACCACAACUCUCCCCCGCGCAUCCCCACUCGAGAAGCCGUUCUAUAUGCCUGGUCCGCAUACCACAAUCUCCUACGUUCCCUUGCUCAUGCAUAGGAGAAAAGAUCUAUGGGGGGAGGAUGCAGACGAUUUCCUACCGGAACGAUGGCUUGAUGAAAAGCGCGUCCAGGAACUGACCAAGGAUCCAUUCAGAUUCUUGCCUUUCAAUGCAGGACCUAGGAUUUGUUUGGGACAAAACUUUGCCUACAAUCAAGCGAGCUUUGUGAUGGUCAAGCUUCUUCAGAAUUUUGACACAUUUGACCUUCGCCAGAAGCAGGAUGCUCCCGAGGGUGCUAUCCCUCCGGAAUCCUGGAAAAACUUGACUGGCCGUGCUGCGUAUGAACAGGUAUGGCCUCGGAACGUGGUUACGCUGUAUGCUAAGGGAGGACUAUGGAUCUAUAUGGGCAUGUCAAGGUCUCAAGAAUGA